AUGCCACAUCAGCCUUCCGCUCAGCUCAGCUACGUCGAGCAAUUACUGAGGAUGGUCAACCAAGAGAAGGAUGAUAAGACAGCACUUGUCAGCCUAUACAGAACAUUAGCAAAUAGUGACGAGAAAACCUUUUCGGACGGCGUAAUAGGUAGGCAAAACGGUUGGAAUAGCAUUUUCUCGGUAGCCAAAGAACUCAUGGACGAUGAGGAAGUGGUCACCGCGAUGCAUUUUUUCCUCGACAAGGGCUCAAAGAUCUUGGCUGAGAAAAGCGAUUCGGGCUCCCACAUCAAGCACUUUUGCAAUGCUGUCCAUGAAAAUCUCAUUCUAGACACCGUGAUCAGCCAACUCCUAUGGCUCCAGUGCGAUGUCGAACUCGAAGGCAGCGUUGUCAGAGCGGUGAGCCGAUACCUCCAGUGCUUGUCACUGCUCAACGAUGAAGACUCGAGCACUGCCAGUGCCAUAAUUUGCGACAGUUUUCUCACACUGAAGUCCGGGGGUCUGUUUACGAUAUUGACUACGAUCUUGGAAAAUCUCCCACAGUACGAUCACGAUGUCGGGGCAAUUGCAAAUGAAUGUGUCAUAACUCUCGCUAAAUUGCAUAGAUCAUUAUUUUCUCAAAAGAUGGAGAGACUACCUGCCAAUUUGAUGGGCAAUAUGGUGGAGCUGUUGGACAAACACUUCAAAGUAAGUGAGUGGGAUAAAAGGAAUGGAGGCUCGGAAAAUGAUGGCGGUAAACAGCUGAGCGAGCUUUCUUUAGUAAAUGCUAUUGAUAUCAUUGCAUUUUGCAGGGAUAGCAAUCUCUCAUUCCGUAAGAAGUUUUCGGAACGACUUCUCUUCGAAGACGAUGCGUUCCCUGUAGUGAAAGGCCUUUCAUGGCUUUCUGAUCAACUGGCGCGCUGCGUCCACCAAUAUUUUGCACAAAAUGACCUCAGUGUCUUCAUUAUGCAGUGCUUUUUGAACAGGGAUAUUUUGAUCUACGGUCUCGUCGAAAAAUUGAUGGAACUGUGGAUUGAGUCAGACGCUCAGAGCUUUGAUGAUUUUGGCUCUGUUUUAGAGACUUUCGAAAUCGCCUUUUUCCAACAUGAUAACUUCCUUGGCGUACCCGAGCCUGAUAUUGGCGCAUGUUUGGUAAACAUUCGUUCCUUGAAUUAUGCGGACCUUAGAAGUCUGCAGCUUAAACAGUUGCGAAGUAAUCACUAUAAAAAAUGGGAAAAACAAAUCUCGCAUUUCGAUUCCAUGCUGUCAAACCAGGUCUUAGAGUUCGUUCGUCAUCAGCGUCUUCUGCAACUCCAGAAGGGUGCUUGGGUAUACAGCGAUAAUCCUUUAGACCGCAGCGUGAAGCAGCCGAAAGUAUACUUCAUUAUUUUAUCCGACAAUCAAAUGAAUCUUCUCGCUAGAGAAUAUAGAAUGAGAAGUGAACAAAACCCCACAGUCACCGGCAAUGAAAUUGUGGGCAGCACAGAUGCGCAAAUUUCAAAAUCAAAAACUAUCAUUAUACCUUUGAGGCGUGCGCACAAGUUUCAGCAUUGGAGAGUUCAAUCUGAGAGUAAAGUGCCUGAAAACUCGAAGCUUAUCAACAUUUUAAACAAGGCUGUCUACACCGAGAUUCAUCUGUUGGACAAAGACGCCAACAUUUUGCUGAAAUUCUUUCUGGACACUAAAGAAGCGUCCUACAUAUGGUUGGACGGACUCCAAUUGAUUGUGGCUUCAGCCCAGGGCAAACGGCCGUCUCUCUCCGAAGAGCUUAAGUCGCAAGUGGCAAGCCUCAUAGAUUUGAGAAAAAACGUCCAAAUUAUAGGCUUAGAUGACAAAACAGACCUGACAGACGCUACUGAGGAUUCUGACGCUGAAGAGCAGUACUACGACUUGGAAACUUUACAGAGGGUUACGGCAGAUUUUCACUACGACUGA